AUGCAACAUAUCCGCCUAACACGCCUGUUUGUCCUGAUUUCCUACGAGGCCGUUGCCCGCGUGGUCGGGCGGAAAGCCUUGGGUUUGAGCGAAUCGAUCUAUGAAGCUGACGGCUCGCUUGUUCGCAAUCAACAGCGACGUCUUGAACGCUGGGCGGAAUACUUCGAAGCACAAUUUAGCUGGCCACCUGCGCCAGCUUCUCACAGCUAUUCCGGCACACGUCCCAUGGUCAGACCCAUCUUCUGA